CUCGUGAGCAUCAUCGGGUCCUUGUGGUUGGGCACGUUUCUUUCUGCCGCAGAUACAACUAUUGUGUCUACGACGGCCAACACCAUUGCUUCGUCGAUGAACGGGUCGGACAAGUUGACAUGGAUUGCUACUUCGUACCUCUUGACCAACACCAUCUUUCAGCCAUUGGUAGGUAGAUUCAGUGACGUCUUCGGGCGUCGAACGGUCUUGUUGAUUGCCCAGUUCUGGUUUGCGCUCGGGUGUCUCUGCUGC